CAGCAGCACACACAGCGCGAUGGUGCGUCUCAGGACCGCGUCGCGCAACUUAACUGCGUCAGCGCGGAAUCAAACUUAUGGACUUGUGAGGCAAGUCAGUUCAAGCGUUUAUCCCUGAACUAAGAAAAAAAUCACAACAAACUAUUUCCAGGACUCUAACACAACACCGCAACGAAUGAGCUCAUGGUGAUCUCCACAGAACGGACUAAAGACGCGCCAAGCACGGUCACCUUCGCUGUUAAGGAGACUUGCGAGAGGAUCCCAAGAACAGCAUCGGUUCAGUAACACCGAAACAUUCCUGGACAGCAGCAACGACCGAUCCAGAUCCCGCAGAUCAAUGAAGAAUGCGCGAGCGCACGCACAGUCGAUGAAGCCGGUGGCGAGAUCAUGCUUGUUCUGCCCGAGCCGAGCUUGCAGUCACUGCGGCUGGUGUUCCUCUUCGUCUUCGUCAUGGAUGUAGCGCCGUCCCCGGCUCUGACCGCCGGCUGCCCGGACCGCUGCGUGUGCGACGACCAGCUGGUGGUCCAGUGCGCGGGACAACAGUUAAGCGACUUCCCCGUGGACCUCCCGCUGGCCACCCGGCAGCUGAUCAUCUCCAAUAACCGGAUCGGCGACUUGCCCCCGCUGCAGCUCAACUACCUGUCGGACCUGGUGUACCUGGACUGCAGCAACAACUCGUUGACGGAGAUCUCCGAGUCUACUUUUGGCAACCUGCGCAAGCUCGCCUACCUGGAUCUGUCUUUCAACAGCCUGACGCAGAUCGAGGACCGGACGUUUGGCCCUCUGGCCAGCCUGGUGAUGCUGAGGAUGACGGAUAACCCGGGGCUGUCGGAGAUCCACCCGGACGCGUUCGCGGAGAACGCGGCGCUGCAGGUGCUGGACGUGAGCCGCAACAACCUGACGGCGCUCAACAUCAGCUCUCUGAUCGCGCUGCCGGCGCUGCGCUCGCUGGGGCUCAGCGGGAACCCCUGGAGGUGCGACUGCGACACGGAGGACCUGUGCCUCUGGAUCCAGAUAGAGGGCUUCAAGUUCCAAGAUGAGGGGCAGACGGUGUGCCAGGGGCCGCCAGACAUGCUGGGUCAGCGCCUGGCAGAGCUGGGCAUGCAGCUGAGAUCGGAAUGCCACCAGGGCCUGGGUUACUGGGACUACCUGUUCUUCAUCGCCAUCGGCUUUGUCAUUUUCAGCGCUGGGACGGUGUCGGCGUGGGUGAUGGGCAUACUCAUGGUUCUGUAUGAGCGCUACAGCAAGAGGAAGAGUGAGGAGCUUGACAGUGAAGACGAGGAGGAGACAGUCAUCCGAGGGGCAGGAAGUGGAGGAGGAGGGGGUAACCAUGGCAAUGGGGACCUGAACAAACCAGGCAUGCAGGUGUGACCAGAGGACAGAGGGACGCUGGGAAAUCUUUGAUGAAAUGAGAGCAAGCUACGGACAGAGAAAAGGAGUUUUCUUUUCUAUAAAGAUGUUUUAAGUGCACUUUUUUUUUAGAAUGUGUCAACAUUAGUUUUAGUUUAAGAGAAGGGCAAGGACAGACAGAUUAGAUUUAUUUCUAUUCUUAUAGGUGGACUCAGACAAACAGACAGACUGAGAGACCGUUUAGAGGGACACAGUGAACUUGCAACUGGAAAAUAUUGCUGUUUCUGACAGAUCUGAAGGAUGAUCUUAGUUAAAUGCAUAGAAAUAAUGCUCACUCACACAGGCCGCUCUCCCCAGUGUUAGUCAUGUAAUUGGGGCAGAGUGAUGACACUGUGUUUCACACUUAAGUGACAGACAGCGAGAAGGAAGGAAAAGGUAAAAAGACAGAUAGAGAGGCUUGGAGACUUGUUCAGUAAGCUAUCUUAGCUUUUAUUUACUAGCCCGGUCAAAGAAAGGAAUGUAAAUGGAGGAUAUACAAGGCAGUCUCUCUAGACUCAUGCAGUGUGAAAUGAAUGAAUAGAAAAUGGAAGACUUUUCUAAACUGUCUGCACAACUCCACGGAAGGCUGAAAAUUGUUUUUAAGGGGUCACAGACUGACUGACUGCUCAAAUGAUGGAUUGAAGACAUUUUAUUGCAGGGCUUAACAAUAAGGAUUUUUCUACUACUACAAAUUUUCACAUUGACAAAAAAUAUAUAUAUAAUAUAAAUAUAAUAGAAUUAUAUAAUAUAAAUAUAAUAUAUUAAUAUAAAUAUUGAUGAAUAAUACAAAUAUGGACAAAUAAUAAUAAAUAUUAUAAUUUUUUUUUAUAUUAUUAUAAUUAUAAUAUAUUUUUUAAAUACACAUUAUAAAAAAAAUUAAGAAAUUAAUUCAGCAAAAGUUGCAUCAUGAUCAAUCAAUGUAUCACGAUUUCCACAAGAAUAUUAAGAAACACAACUGUGUUCACCAUUAAAAAUAAAAAUAGCAUUGAUUAGUAUUCAUAUUAUUACAGCAAAUCAUAUUAGAAUGAUUUCUGAAUGAUCAUGUGACACUGAAGACUAGAGUAAAGAUGAUGAAAAUUCACUUUUGCAACGUAGGAAUAAAUUACACUUCAGACUCUAGUAAUGAAAAAGCACUUAUUUAAAAUUGUAUUAACAUUUAACGGUAUUGCUGUUUUCACUGUUUUUUUUUUUAUUAAAUAAAUGCUGCCAUGGUGAGCAUAAAAUAUUUAUUUCAAAAACUUUUUUUUUUAUCCAAAUUUUGAAUAUAUGGAUCAGCACAAUCUGUUACAUUAUUCAGUAUAUAUAUUCACACAAUAGUCAUACAAAAACGAAUGUUCAAUUUUACAAGGGAUAUAACCAUGUGCACAUGAUUGUUUGCAAUACAUUGUAACAACACAGCACUAGCCCAACAGAGCAAGUAAACUGUCCAGAAACCUUCUCACUGGCCCUGGGCCAUUGGACCAUCCUUAUUGUUGAGCCCUGUAUUGGAUUGGGACAUUAUUGAUUUCAGUAAGCCUGUAUGCACUGCACCGAAAAGCCUUACAUACAAGAUGUAACCUGUCCAGCAAUAACACCUCCAAGUGAUACUGAGAGCAAUAGAGGGAAACGUGUGUGUGUGUGUGUGUGUAUGUGUGAGUGUGUGUGUGAGUGCAUGUGGCUCGCCGCAGCAAAACUGCUAUAGGUGGGGAAAAAUAAAGUAUGUCAGCAUUCUGUAAUUUUGGCAAGGCUUUAAUUUUUAUUUAAUCAAAUGUUAUUCCUCCCAUGGCUACCACAUGCCACUCAAGGGCAGAGCUAAAGUGACCAUUCUCUCUUCACACUGCACCAUCAGCACUGAAGAGGGAACUGCACCCACUGAGAGUGUUGUUUUAGUUCAAUUCCAAAUUACAAUUCCUUAUAUUCAGCAGACUACUACAAAUUGGGAUACAAUUUGGGAUUUUGGAUUCAGCAGAUUACUAAAAUUUGGGAUACUUAACAGUACUGCAUUACUACUGCAAUCCAGACACCUAAAUCACCUCUUUAAAAUGUUGACAAUGAUCUUAGCUGCACAGGAUGUCUGGAUCUAUAGGUAUUUUCCAUUAUUUGACCAUUAAUGGAUGAAUUACUGCUGCGAUAAUCAUUAGAAAAUGUACAAAAACAUAUUGUUUGAACAGCACAAAUUUCUCACAAUAUA